CCGCAACCAAAGUACGCCAAAUAUACAAAGUAGUUUUAACACAUCAACAGAGAAUCCCUUUCAUAUAACUAGUCGAUAAAACAAAAACGGACUCACAAAGGUUAGGUAGCCGUGAACAUGUGCAGUCUGCAUAGUGAAAAGUGCUCCAUAAUAUCUGAAAAUAUUACAUCAAUUGUAUAUAUAAAAGUGAAAGAAUAUUAAACUAAUGCCUCAUAUAAGUUUCCUUAAAAGAAAAUAAUAAUUCUUAUAAGAAAAUAUAAAGGAUGUACAAAGAAAAGUUCGAUUAAAUUUUGAUAUUGAACCAUAAUUGAAUUUCGUACAACAAAGAAAGAUGUGUGCGACGUAAUAUUGUGAGGUGUAAUAAUAAAAAGCAUAACAAACAUUAACAUUGAUUGUGAAUCAGACAUCAUAGAGUGAAUUAAUGCAUUGAUAAUACACGAAAAUAAAAAAAUUACUCCGGAAUUAUUUGGAACAUAUCUUUUGUUUUUUUCCUGUAUCGUGUACUUACAAAAUGCCACCCAAAAAAGUUAAUACAACACAACAGAUACCGCCACCGCCAAAGGAUAUUGAAACCUUAUUCAAGAUAAACUUUGAACGUUUUACAGCAAAUUAUGAACGUGAGUUCAGGGACCUUAAAAAAUCAUUUUUAAGUGCAAUCAAGGACUUAAGAAAAGAGGUAAGCAAACUGUCAGAACAAAAUGUCUCGCUAUCAAAUCAAUGUUCUGCCCUGGAUGACAGACUUACAUCAGUUGAAGACAAGCUAAACGUAGAUAUGAGGCUGCCUACCAGCCCUCUCAACAACUUCAUCUGAAAAAUUUGCGUCAAGAGCUUGAUUCAAUCGUGAAGAGUGGUGAUGACAGUAACACAAUUAAAUAUAUCCAUGGUGUCCCUAGAAUCGUUAAAAGAAAUUUUCGUCCGCUCAAUGAGCAAGAAGAAAGUAUCUUACGUCCACCUGUGCUACCAGAACGUCAGAGGUCUGCGUUCAAAACUCUCAACAUUUUAAACAGCAUUGGCGGCUAACCAGUACGACGUUGUAUGUAUUUCGGAAUCCUCGCUUCACUCAUCCAUAUGUGAUGGUGAAGUCAUUGAUUCAACAUAAAGUAUUUACCGUAAAGACCGUGUUUCUCUCAUCAACGAGCAGGUACACCAACGAGCAGGUACCACGUGGUGUCUUCAUCGCCUGUAAACGUAGUCUCCAUACAGAACAAAUUGCAAUAACAAACAACGAUUUAGAGCAAAUAUUCAUCCGUGUCAAGGGAGCUUCUCGCGAUAUGAUCAUCGGCUGCAUCUACAUACCUCCUCAAUCAACUCUUGAGAUCUUCGAGUGCCACAUAGCUACCGUUUCAUUUAUAAUGGACAAACACCAAAACUCCAACGUCAUGAUUGUCGGCGACUUCAAUAUUCCUAGCAACUUGCCUCGUGUCCAAUGUGAAAAGCAACUUUAUGAUGGCUUUGCUUCAUUAAAGUGCACUCAACAAAAUUACAUUCAAAAUGCCUGGAACUCAACACUUGACCUUUGUUUCAGUGACAUUGACUCUUCUCCGGAACACGCAGUUGCUCUUGUCCCAGAAGAUAAGUACCAUCCUGCUAUCGACAUCUUGCUAAAUUUUCGGCCGGGGUUGACGCCAGAUAAUUCCUCAUCAUACGUAUUUAAAAAGGCUAACUACGCAGCCCUUAAUACCUCUCUCUUAAGAACGAACUGGAUUGACCUCUACAAACUCGAGACUAUUGACAUACACGUACACAAGUCAAGUAACUAUCCAUCUUGGUUCUCACAUGAUCUCAUUCACAAAGUCAAACAGAAGAAAUCUGCACACCUGAAAUUCGGAAAACUAAGCCAAUUUAUUUACGAUUCAGCAGGUUAAGAUUGGAAUGCAAAAAGUUAAGUAUCGAUUGCUACAAAAGUUAUGUCGACAAGGUAGAGGACAAACUGCAAUCGGAGAUCCAAGCAUUCUGGAAUUUUAUCAAGGACAAAAACCGUUACACCGGUGACAUACCAUCUUCCGUAGCCUGGAAUGACCCGCUCAGCAGAUACGGGACCAGGUAUCAGUAACCUCUUUGCGUCCUUCUUCCACAGCAUCUACGCGCCAUCGAAUAGCAACGACCCAGGUAUUGCAACCUUCAAUCCUGGUACACAGCGCACACACUUGGAUGACAGUGACCUACGAUGCAGUACUCAAAGAACUCCUUGCUCUCGACCCCAGCAAAGGUUCAGGCCCCGAUGGUUUACCUAACAUAUUCUUCAAAAACUGUGCGGUAGGCCUAUGUGAGCCUUUGACACAUAUAUAAUAUUUGGCGAAUCUCUUCACCAUGGUACCUUCCCGACCUACUUGAAACUGUCAUACAUCUCACCGAUUCAUAAAGAGGGGCCCAAGACCUUGGUUACCAACUACGGUCCUAUCUGCAUACAGUCUGCACUUGCAAAACUAUUUGAGAGGUUAGUGCUUCCACAGAUACGUCAGGCAAUUGAAAACAUCAUAACAACCAAACAACAUGGCUUUACUAUUGGCAGAUCCACCACUACCAAUUUGUUCAUAUACGUCGACAAACUGCUGAACUCCAUGGAUUCCGGCAACUGCACACACAGCAUUUACACAGACUUCAGCAAGGCUUUCGACCGUGUUGACUACGAAAUACUUUUAG